CGAGACUCUACAACGGAGCUCAGAGCUCGCGCGUGUUGCCACAGGGAUCUCAGCUCUGACGGACCUGGCACGAGACAGUUAUUUUGUCUCUCACAGACAAUAUUUAGUGUCUUUGCUUGUGAUUCAUCCCGCGGAUGGAUGCAGCCGUCGGGGCGGACAUUUGAGCCCAGCAGGAUCAACCUGUCUUAGGGCAUCAUGAAUUCUCUGGUUCUCCGCAAGUGGAUGAGGAAUAUCUCCCAUGAGAUGCUGCCGCUGCUCCUGCUGCCGCUGGUGCCGGUUUGGUGUUUUCUGCCUCUGACCGGAGCGGCUCCUUCGCUGACGACCGAGCAGCUGGACAUGGGGGUGGACUGGCUGAGUAGGUUUGGCUAUCUCCCACCCCCCGACCCGGUAACCGGCCAGCUGCAGACCAAAGAGGCGUUGACCAAGGCCAUCAAAGCCAUGCAGAAGUUUGGAGGACUGAAGGAAACUGGAGUAUUAGACCAAGCCACACUGGGUCUAAUGAAAACACCCAGAUGCUCUCUGCCAGAUGUCUCUGAUCCCAACGUGACGGCGGGGCGCAGGAAACGAAGCUUGAAUACACAGAACAAAUGGAAUAAGAGGCACCUGUCUUGGAGAGUGAGAACCUUCCCCAAGGACUCAGCCUUGUUGGGCAGGGACACUGUCCGAGCCCUCAUGUAUUAUGCCCUGAAGGUCUGGAGUGAUAUCGCACCUCUGAACUUCCAUGAGGUGGCCGGCAGCGACGCAGACAUUCAGAUCGACUUCACUAAAGCAGACCACAAUGAUGGAUACCCCUUCGAUGGGCCUGGGGGAACAGUGGCACACGCUUUCUUUCCUGGGGAGAGGUUCACAGCGGGUGAUACACACUUUGAUGACGACGAGGCCUGGACCUUUAGAUCACCAGACUCCCAUGGGAUGGAUCUGUUUGCAGUCGCAGUUCAUGAGUUUGGUCAUGCCAUUGGCCUGGUCCAUACCUCAGCUAUGGAAUCCAUCAUGAGGCCAUACUACCAGGGUCCUGUGGGAGACCCGCUGAAAUACGACCUACCCUAUGAGGAUAAAGUCCGUGUCUGGCAGCUCUAUGGUGUCAGAGACUCUGUGUCUCACACGAAUCAGCCAGGCAGCCCGUCUCAAACCCCUGAGCCUCCCGUCCUCCUCGACCUUCCUGAAAACAGAUCCACGCUUCUACUGGCACAAGAUGCUCCAGACAGGUGCACCAGUCACUUUGAUGCUGUAGCCCAAAUACGAGGAGAGGCUUUCUUCUUUAAAGGGAAGUACUUUUGGAGGCUAACAAGGGAAAAGCACCUGGUGUCUCUCCGUCCGGCUCACAUUCAUCGCUUCUGGAGGGGGCUUCCUCCCAAUUUGGAUAGCGUGGAUGCUGUUUACGAGAGGCCAGGGGACCACAAAAUAGUAUUUUUCAAAGGUCAAAAGUAUUGGGUAUUCAAAGACAAUAAUGUUGAGGAGGGUUACCCACGUCCAAUUAGUGACUUCGGCCUACCUGUGGAAGCAGUGGAUGCAGCGUUUGUUUGGUUACACAACGACAAAACCUACUUCUUCAAAGAUAACUACUACUGGCGUUACGACGACCACUUGCGACACAUGGACCUUGGUUUCCCCAAAGACAGCACGCUUUGGAAGGGGCUGCCACUCCAGCUGGACGAUGCCAUGAGGUGGUCUGACGGAUCAUCCUAUUUUUUCAAGGGAAAGGAGUACUGGCGAGUGCCGGGCAGCGACAUGGAGGCAGAGGCAGGAUACCCCCGUCUGAUUGCGAAGGACUGGCUGCUCUGCACCGAGAUGCAGUCGGACUCUCCGGACACAGAAGCCAAAAGCACGGAGACAAGGGUCAACGUGCACCGGCCCCCAGACCAUGCAGAGAAUGGCUACGAGGUGUGCUCCUGCACCUCUGACACCGCCUCGCCUUUGGGCGUCCACUUAACCCCAUCUCCAGUUUGGCUGCUGCUGCCUUUUUGGACGCUCUUACUAACCUUCUGCAAUGAACUGCUAUGAUGCUGCAGCGUGGGGUUAAGUGCUUGUGUUGACUGCAAGGGAGAGACUAAUUAGCGGAUGCUCUGCAAGAAGGACGGAAAAAAAACUGGAAGAAUUUGAUCAUAUAAAUACGGUUUAUUUUGUUUGUUUUGUUCUCUUUAUUUCUUUUUUUUUGGGAGUUAUUUAUUUCACAUGCCAUCUUAUGGUCACUUAAAGAGCUUUGCAGUAGCCGUUCUAUGAACAAUUAUCAGUUAAUAUCCUCCGACAGUGACAGUAUUAGAUGUUUCGUAAGCUGAGUUGCACAGAAAUACAAGUUAACUUCACUUUCCAAAUGGCCUCAUUAAUACUGAGAGGGCUAAGAAGAGGGGAAUGUUCAGAUAUAAGUGGUUAUAUCAUUACAGAUUUAAUGGCGACUUACUUUGAGGUAUUCAGUUUUAUGAAUAAGUGGUUGUGGCUCAACCUGCUGGAGUUUGAUAGCAUUCACAUCAACACUGACAGAGAUUUGGAAAUUACAGCUUCUUACUGACAAAAAAGUUGAAUCUUUUAUAAAAUGGGAUUUAAAGCAAUUUUAUUUAUCAGAGCAUAUUGCUGUAAUUCUGAUACUACAAAUUUUUGCUUAUUGGUGAUUUGUUUAGUUAGUUAAAAUGCAGCUCAAAUUAUAAAAAUGUAGAAAUAUGAAAAUAUCACUCAUUCACAAUGCUGAUUAAUGUUCAAAGACACAUAGAUCGUCUUUACACAUUGGUCAGUUACUGGUAUGGAGGGCUUAAAAAGUUAUGGGUUCAAAACCAAUUAUCUAUCUUUCUAAUGCUGCAUUAUGACUUUUUUUUUUUUACAUAUGUGUUUUUUGCAGCAAUACGAGGCAUAGGAUGACGCAAUGCUGGCCCUUCCCCACUUGUUGUUUGCACUUCUCGUCAGCUGGCUAAAUGAAAACAUCUACACUUUCCCUUUGGUUUAAAAAAGAAAAAAGAAGAAAAAAACAGAUUGUUGUUGUCAGUAAAUGUUCCCUGAUCUGCAGUGGGAAUAUAUGAGUUUGAUUUUUUUUAGCCGAAAUAAGAGAUUCUUCAUAUCAAUUUGCUUCACCAGCCAAUUUUAAGACUGUUGGAAUAAUUUUCGAACAACUACAAGACCUAGGAAGCACGCUUAAAAAAAACAUUUUUGAUCCUGCUUCACAACAGGUGCAAAAUCUAUAAAUUCACUCCAUUGUUGGUGGAGCUACAACAGACUGAUAUGUCCCAAGGUAUUUGUUGUUUUGAUACUACCAGCAGGAUUAACCAACUAAAAUCUGCAUAUGUACAGUUCCAUUUAAAAAAACAGCACUAAACAUAAAAGUAUUUCGUAAAAUUGUAUUCUGUUAUGUAUGCAGAUUUCCACAACAAUAAUCUUAUCACUCUAUAAGUGGUAAAAGAAACAAUAAUGCAGGCCUUCUUUGGUUCUCAUAUUCCACCACUCUGAGAAUGUAGUUCCUUAUUUUAAAAUAAAAAUGAGCUUUUGUUGACAAUAACGACACACAACCUCUCAAUCUACCAAAUGAAGCCUUAAAAUUAAAGUUUUUUUUUUCCAUUUGAUCGAAUGAAGCUGUCGGCUUAUCCCUGAGGUUAGCUGUAGCCUGGAAUCGAGGGUGAUGCCAGGAGGUGAGUUGCCUUUUUUAAUGAAAUCAUUUCUCUUUGAAGCCUUUUGAAGUGUGAACUAGAUAAGUUUUGAUCAGUGUAUGCCAUAUUGAUGACUUUAAAGUUUUAUAAGAUGUUAAAGAAGCAGAAUGCAGCUGUUCCACAUGCAAACACCAUGAGUGUUACCCACUAGAUGUCCUCUAUAGGCUGAAGUUGUCAACGCCACCCAGCAUAUCUGUUAAACAACUGUAAAUCUGAGCUAAUUUAUUACCAACACAAAAAUGAACAAAACGCCAACAAAAGCUGUAAUAUUCUGUGCAAAUAUCUUGAAUCCAAAAUCAAAAUGACUAUAAAUAAAUCCUAUAGAUAAUGUUACCGUACUUGUAAUUCUAAACUUGUUCCAUUAUUUUGACAGCAGCAGGAAUGAUUGUAGCUUCUGUGCUUCAAAUAAAUCUACCUUAGCUGUAAUUUCUAAAAUGUUUGAUCAAGUUGAAAGUGAAUACUCUCAGAUGAAAGCUAGAUUUGUUCUGUACAGUCAUACCAAGCUUCAUGGACAGUAUCUUGGAAAAGUAUUCAUUUAACAAAGUGUUUCAUAACUUUCAUUGGGAUUUUCUGUGACAGACCAACACCAGUAGUGCAUAAUUGGAGAAUAAUUUUCUUUCUGCUAAAAGAAAUGUGAACACCAGUUUUCAUUGCCACAUUUUUGUCUUUUUUAAUAUAGGAGUAAUCUUUGAUCUAAAGUAUCUAUCAUAGCAAAAGCUGCACACUUAUAUUUUUUUCUGAUUUAUGGGUAAGCUCUGCCGCAAACCCAACUAUUUUUCAUUCUCUUAACAGUUUUAUUUUAAGAAUUGGGUUUUGUAUAGCUCAAUAUGUCUUCUUUUCACCUCAGACCAGCUUCCCUGUCCCACAGCAUGAUAUGCCACCCACCUUUUUCAAAAAUGGGGAUGGUGUUUUCCAAAUGAUGUGCAGCGUUUGUUUUCCACCCCACACCGAGUUUUGAGUGAUGCCCUAAAAGCUUAAAUUUGGUCUUGCACGCCUUGUCUUCUUCAUUGCUUGUUGGCCCCUGCAAACAGGAUGUCCUAUUUCUUUCUUUCAACCAUGACUUUCUUCUUGCCACUCUUCUGUAAGGGCUAGAUUUGUUGGGUGCACGCCUUUUGUCAAAAGCCAAGGUUUCUUCCCAUCCUUUACAUGCCCUGCGUGUCAGAUAUGUUUGAAAAUAUGCCAUUUUCGAUUAUCAAAAUUAAGCAGGGCUAAGAUGCUCAAGGUUCAGCAUUCUCAAAUGUACUGAUUCCUGAAAGCAAAUAAGUUUUAUUCCGGGGCAUCACAGUAAAGGGUACCGCGUUCAUUGCACUCCACAUUCUUCAGAUUUGUAUUUGCAGAAUAAUUUUGGAAGCCAUGGGUCAUUUUCCUUCCUAUUCUCUGCUUUUCACUAGUUUACGUUGAUCUAUCACAUAAAAACUCAAUGAAAUACAUUUAAACUUUGUGGUAGCGUAAAAAAGUCCAAGGGGUAUGACUAUUUUUCUAAGACACUGAAUAAGCCGGGUUGAGAUUCAGAUCAGCUGAUCCCACAGGAAGAGAGAGGAUCCCUAUUAAUCUGAAUAUAGACUCCCACCAGGGGGAAAAGCAACAUCCUGAGGUGUCAUCAUUCGACAGGUGACUGACACUGCAGCGCCCGUCUGUGCAGGCAGGUGUAAUCUACCUUGGGAUGUAUUGCAGAUAGAUGGUUAGGUUUACAGCUCAAUGGCUCUGUGGGAGCUUGACGUGUUGAAGACACAUGAGUGGCGUGCUGGUUUUCAACAGGUACACGCACAGUCAAGAGGAAGACAAGGAAACAUGGGAUGUGGGGAGGAAGAUGACAAAUGAAUGUCGGACAGAACAUUCAAAACCAAGAUUCCUGUUGUUGCUUAUUGACGUCUUCCUUGCUUUCUAUCCGUUUCCCCCAUCACACAGGUGGUACCUCCCCUGUUCAGGUUCCUCACCUUAAGCACUCCCUGCCAUAACCAGAGGUAGUAUUGGUUUGCUGUAUUUUUUUGUAUUAAGUAUGAAUAUAUUGUGAGCCAUUGCUUUAAUAGAUAACAGUUCAAAGAGCAUUUCAGACACAAGCUUAAGUUCUGUUUGAUGACAUCUAACGUAGACCUCACAAAGGCAGCAGAUUUGAUAUUGUUGCUGAUAUAUUUACCUACAAGUUUAAAUACAGACAGAUAUAUUUGAGUCACAAUGUUCCAUGGUUCCUGCAAACCAAGUGGACUGUGUAUAUUUCAAGGUGUGUUUUCUAAUGUAAAAUAUUUUUGUAGAAAAAAAAACAAAAUAAAGAUU